AAAACGAAACUAAACUGCAUGUUUUGAGUGUCAGGGGGUGGAUCUACUGUAUCAGCUAUUUAUAAGGACAGUAGCUAUAGGCUACCUACGGACUUCAUUCAGCGCGAUUCAGCAACGCCAAGAGAAUAUCUAUUUUUGAAAAGGAUUAUACACAUACUUGACUGUAAUAAGAUAUUAUCCUUGAACAAUCAACUACCCCGUUACGGACAAGAUUUCCGAAGUUUGACACUAUGGAUGUGUUCAUCACAUUCAUGAAUGGGACAACGUUUAGUUUGUCAGUGGAACUGAAUGCAACCGUCGAGAAACUGAAGAACCUGAUCCAAAUCAAACACGGCACACCUAGCGCCAGACAGCGCCUAUCUGUGCAGAAUGGCCAGAGACCGAUGACUGAUGAGUCCAGAACACUGGCGGAGUAUGGGGUGCGCUCGGGGUCUACAGUUAUUGUGCUGGUAACCGAGCCUGGUCCCAUACAGGUAACCGAGCCUGGUCCCAUACAGGUGUUCCUGAAGACAGUAAAUGGUACGAUACAUACUUAUGAAAUCACUCCAGGUGAGACGGUGUCGGAGUUCAAGAGGAAAGUCUUCAAUAAGGAGCAUGUCGCUGUUGACCAACAAAGGCUGAUCUACGAGGGAAGGCAGAUGGAAGACGGCAAGAAACUGGAGGACUAUGGUGUUAAGAAUGAGAGCACCAUCUUUCUCAUUCUGCGUCUGCCCUCUAAAUAACAUUUAAUCAUUCUG